AUGAUAACUCGAUUACGGUCAUGGGUGACAUGGUCAUGGACUUAUUUGUGGGCAUUGUGGUUCUUAUUGGUCAUCGCAUUGGUAUAUAUCCUACGUGGCCCACUUCAUAUUACUGAAUCCCUCGAAAGCGCUUCUACCUAUUUCAAUAAUUUAACGCCCAAAUUUUACGUUGCGUUGACGGGAACAUCGAGUCUGGUGUCCGGUAUCAUACUUAUUUUCGAGUGGUGGUAUUUUAAAAACAAUUCCGGUGAUAAUGGAACAGGUAGUGAAGAUGGCAGUGACAAUGAGGAUGGUAUUGAAUCAGCCAGUCGAAGCGUACCAGAGUGCAAAGUUUGGCGAAAUCCAACUGCCUUAUUUCGUGGCGCUGAAUAUCAAAGAUUUACAAAAAUGACAGGAAAAGAACCACUUACAUAUUAUGAUAUGAAUUUAUCAGCUCAAGAUCACCAAAAUUUUUUUACAUGUGAAGGGGAUGCGGGAAGACAAGACUAUGAGAUAAUGCAAGUGGCAUGGCGAGAACGUGAUAGUUAUUCGCGGAUUAAUGCAGCAUACAAAGCACUGGAAAUUAACCCUGAAUGUGCUCCAGCAUUAAUAUUAUUGGCUGAGGAGCAAUGCCAAACGAUUGCUGAUGUAGAACAAACUCUGAAGCGAGCGUUAAAAGUAACAGAAGCAAAUUAUCGAAAAUCCCAAUCACAAUUACACUAUGAUUUAGCUUCAGAUCCAGUACAUAGGCGUGAUGUCAAUUUGCUUGUUUUUGUACGCCGACGUCUGGCUAUGUGUGCACGACGGCAAGGACGUUUGCGAGAAGCAGUCAAAAUGAUGCGAGAUUUGAUCAAAGAAUUUCCGAUGCUUAACGUAAUGAACAUUCAUGAAAAUCUGAUUGAAGUGCUGUUGGAACAACAAGCUUACGCUGAUACUCAGGCUGUUCUAGCUCGAUAUGAUGAUAUCAGCUUACCGAAAUCCGCAACUAUAUGUUUCACAUCAGCCUUGUUAAAAGUGAGAACUGUUGCUGAUAAGUUCACGCCCGAUUUCGUGUUGAGACGUGGGUUAAGUACUGCAGAAUUAAAUGCUGUUGAUGCCAUACAUCGAGCAGUUGAAUUUAAUCCUCAUGUUGCAAAAUAUCUGUUAGAACUGAAGCCAUUGAUAUUACCACCAGAACAUUUAUUAAAGCGUGGCGAUUCGGAAGCUAUUGCCUAUUCGUUUUGGCAUUUGCAACAUUGGAAGCGAAUCGAUGGCGCCCUUUCAUUACUACAAUGCACAUGGGAAGGAACAUUUCGGCUGAUACCGAAUCCUCUCGAAAAGGGCCAUCUUUUUUAUCCCUAUCCAUCAUGCACCGAAUCUGCUGAUAGAGAACUUUUACCGGCAUGGCACGAGGUAUCAGUGUAUCCGAAGCGUGAUUUGCCGUUCUUUACUGUACUCACAGCUUUACUUUUCUUCAUUACUAUCGUUUUGGCUAUUUUCACGCAUCAAUUUCCGAAGGAAUUUAUACAACCUUUGAGUUCAAUUGCAAAUUUAUUCCUUGGUUUUCUCGAUACAAUUUAUAGUCUUGUCCCGGAUAAUGUUAUCAAUCUUCUCGCAUCAAAACCAGUUGUUCCGCCUCCCAGUGAAUCUAUCAGUUGA